AUGGAGUCUGGCGAUUUGCGAGGACACCAUGUGGGCGCGCCGACGCCCAGCAUACAAAUCAAACUGCGCGAAUGGGAGGACGGUGGCUACUCGCCCUACGACAAACCCUCACCUCGGGGUGAAAUUCUCAUCGCCGGCAGCCCCGUCACUCGCGGCUACUACAAGAAUCCCACAGCCACCGCCGAAGCCUUCAUAACCGACUCCGAUGGCAUUCGGUGGUUCUGCACUGGUGCGUCCUAA